AUAAAGUUUUUCAGCAUCUUUUUGAGGAAAUUCUCUUAAUUUUUUAAAGAUAUUAUUCUCGUGCUUCAUUUAUAUUGUUUUUCGAAGUCUCGAUGGACCCUUGGUUUGCGCCUUGAGGCCUUCUUGUAUCUCGUCCCGUGUAAAUUCUUCUUCCGAAAACAGCUGAGAGCUACAGUGAUUUCUUUGUUUUUUGUUUUAUAUUUUAUUGACAGUUGACUGCAACAUUAAAUUUGCACUUCAUGUUGUUCAAUCUUCAUUAAAGAAAACAAACAAAUACAUCCUAUGCUUUGAUAGUUUGAAUUUUGUUACAGUUGCCCAAUAUAGGCUACAUGUCUAUAUGAAAUGGACUCCUUAAAAAGCACAGAUUCCAUUCACCAAAGGAUUCAAUACUUGUUCGACAAAUUGAGCUCUAGUCAUUCAUCAGUGUGCUAUCGUGCAUUAACAGAACUUAGAACAGAGUUCAUCCCGAAGCCUCAGUUGUUGCAGAUUUUUAUUCAAGCUGAGGGUGUAAAGCAUAUAGUUGCACAGCUACAAAAAUCCAAUAGGAAGAUUGUUGAUGUCAGUCUUAGCAUUUUGGGUCAUUGUGUUCUAGAACAGGAACCAAGAACUAUUUUUCGCAAAGAAGGUGGUCUGCCAGUAUUAGUUCGGGUUUUACGAUCGUUUGAAGACGAUACUGCUAUUUUAAGUAGAGGCUGUCGAGUCAUCGGAUCGCUUGCUCACGAUAAAAAAGUUGCCGCAAAAUGUGUGCUGGAGUACUCGGUUCAUCAUACGAUAGGAAACAUAAUCGAUCGUUCGACCAACGAAGAAAUUUUAAGCAUGGCUAUUCGUGCAAUCCAUAAUCUUUCCGAUUCUAAAGAACACGUAGCUGUUCUAGGAAAAAAUCAUAUCUACCCGAAGCUUUCAAAUUUACUAAUGAAAACUGAAAAUGUCAAUAUUCAAAAGAAGCUGUUUGCUACCUUUGCACAUAUAUUUAACUACAUGAAGCGCUUCCCUGAAACUUCUGCUCAUUAUUGGAUUGGAUGCGAAGGAGGAGGAAAAGUUAUAGCAAAAUUCUCGUAGAGCUGAGACUCAGCCCCUCAGAUGUUAUAUCGACCAAGGCGCCUCAGCUUUUAUACCAACUGGUUCAAGAUAAACAUGUGCGGCCAUUGCUAGCAUCAAAGGAUGCGUUCGAAGCCCUUAUUCCGGUUGUUA